CCUCCCCCUUCUCGCCGCCUAUUCCCCUCGCCGCUCCCCCGAAACCCUACGUAACCCCCUCGCCCCUCCACCUCCAAAACCCUAGCUUUUCCCAGAAGAGCUUCUCCGGAUCGCGGCGCCCAUGGGGAAGGCGAAGGGGAAGCAGCGCAAGGACAAGUACUACCACCUCGCCCGGGAGAAGGGCUACCGCUCCCGCGCGGCGUUCAAGCUGCUGCAGCUCGACGCGAGCUACCGCUUCCUCUCCACGGCGCGCUCCGUGCUCGACCUCUGCGCCGCCCCGGGGGGCUGGCUCCAGGUCGCCGUCGCCCACGCCCCCGUCGGCGCCCUCGUCGUCGGCGUCGACCUCUGCCCCAUCCGCCCCGUGCGCGGCGCCCUCGCCCUCGCCGAGGACAUCACCACCCAGCGCUGCCGCGCCGAGAUCCAGCGCGUCAUGAACCAGCGCGGCUGCGCCGCCUUCGACGUCGUGCUCCACGACGGCUCCCCCAACGUCGGCGGCGCCUGGGCGCAGGAGGCCACCUCGCAGUCGGCGCUCGUCGUCGACGCCGUCCGCCUCGCCACCGCCUUCUUGGUCCCCAAGGGCACCUUCGUCACCAAAGUUUUCAGGUCACAGGACUAUAGUGCGAUCAUCUACUGUCUCAAACAGCUUUUCGAGAAAGUUGAGGCAACUAAACCAGUGGCCAGUCGUUCCACAUCUGCUGAAAUCUACGUUAUCUGUCAGAAAUAUAAAGCACCAGCAAAGAUCGACCCUCGCCUUCUUGAUGUCAAGUACCUAUUCCAGGGGGCUUUCGAACGGCCCAAGGUUGUGGAUGUGCUUCAUGGGUCAAAGCAGAAGAGAAAUCGUGAAGGGUAUGAGGAUGGGAACACGACAUUAUGGAAAGUAGGUUUAGCAUCGGAUUUUGUGUGGUCUGAAACGCCACUGGAGUUUCUUGGUUCAUUCAAUGCAAUUUCCUUUGAGGAUCCGGCAUGUUUAUCUAUCAAGAACCAUGAAUUAACUACAGAUGAGGUUAAGUCUCUGUGCGAAGACUUGUAUGUAAUAGACAAGAAUAGCUUCAAGCAUCUACUGAAGUGGCGAUUGAAAUUGAGAAAAGCCUUGUCGUCUGCUCAGAAGGUAACCCCAAAAGCUGCUGAUGGUGAUCAGGAAGCAAAAGACAAUGAGGAUGACCAGCUAUUAAAUGAAAUGGAAGAGUUAACAAAUGUUCUAGAUCGGAAGAAAAAGAGAGCAAAGAAGCUUCUUGCAAAGCGCCGUGCAAAGGACAAAGCACGCAAGGCAUUUGGACAAAUUGAUGCUACAGAAGAUAGUUACUUUGACCGUGAAUUGUUUUCUCUUUCGUCUAUAAAGGGUAAGAAAGAGUUGCAAGCUGUUGAAUCCAAUGAGCUUAGUGAAAAAGAAGAUGCCGAUCGUAACCUUGGAGAUAGUGACAGCGAAGAAGCUGAUGCUGUAGCUGAUGGAGAUUCUCCUGAGGAAGUGGAUACUGAUGAAGAACAACAACGGUAUAAUGACCAACUUGAGGAUAUGCUUGAUGAGGCUUAUGAGCGAUAUUUGAAUAGAAAGGGGGGAGGUACAAAACAAUACAAACGCGCAAAACGGAUUGAUCCGAAUGCUGACGAGGACUUGUUGGAGGGAGGUGAAGAGGAUGACAACCUCAUUGAAGCUGAUCAUGACGCCGAUCAAGACCAGGAGAAAGAAUUGAACCCCCUUAUGAUACCUCUGGAUGAAAGGAGCCAGCCAACGAAAGAGCAAAUUAUGGAACAAUGGUACAGCCAAGUUGUCUUUGCUGAAGCUGCCGAAGAUGGCACGCUGCUCAAAAGCGACAGCGAAGGUGAAGAAAGAGAAGAGAAAUCGCUUAAACUCUCAAAAAAAGCAGGAAACAAUGUUGUUGUCCAGCAAAAAGAGUCUAAACCAGCUAAACCUGCACGUCCACAAGCAGAUGAUUUCGAAAUCGUACCCCAAGAUCCUGUUGCAGCGGAAACGAGCGACGAUUCAUCCUCGGAUGAAUCUGAGGAAGAAGAAUAUGACGACUACACGAAAGCCGAAAUCUUGGCCUACGCAAAGAAAAUGUUGAGGAAGAAGCAGAGGGAGCAGAUACUUGAUGAUGCCUACAACAAGUACAUGUUCGACGAUGAGGGUUUACCUAAAUGGUUUGCAGAGGAGGAGAAGAAGCACUGUCAGUCCAUUAAGCCCGUGACGAAGGAAGAGGUGGCUGCGAUGAGGGCCCAGUUCAGGGAGAUUGACGCCCGGCCCGCGAAGAAGGUGGCGGAAGCCAAAGCCCGGAAGAAGCGGGCCGCGAUGAAAAAGUUAGAGAAGGCCAGGCAGAAGGCAGAUUCUAUUGCAGAUCAGACGGAUAUAUCUGAGCGGUCGAAGAGUAAGAUGAUUGACCAGCUUUACAAGAAGGCGAUGCCAAAGAGGCCGAACAAGGAGUAUGUGGUGGCGAAGAAGGGGGUUAGCGUCAAAGCCGGGAAAGGGAAGGUGCUGGUGGAUAGGAGGAUGAAGAAGGAUGCGAGGGUUCGCGGGAUGGGGAAGAAUGGCAAGGGAGGGGGUAGGAAGGGGAAAGCGGCGAAAGGAAAGGGUAAGGGCCAGAAAGGUAAGAAGGGCGCAUAUGUCGCUGGGAGAAAGGCGGGUAAAGGGAACAAGAGGAGCAAAGCUAGCAUGCAGGAUUAAAAUUGAGAUGCCGCUAUGACCUAACCCUUUACUUGCUUGCUUCUUUUUUCUUUUGUUUGUUUCACGGGAUGGUUGCUAAGACAAAUUUUCCAAUUUUGGUCGCGGAAGAUGAUGAGAAGCAGAUAGGUUUUUGCUCAGUAGGGUUUUAUGGCUUGUUUAUUUCUCUUUAGUUCCUCUUUAUGCUAAGCUUGUAACCGCAUAUCCGAAAGAGAAUAAUCUCAGAGAGCCUGCGGUAUUGACUAUUAAGUUAUAGACUUUGCAAAUGCUAUUUGUGAGCAAAGAAUGUCCAAGUGCUCCAUAAUGCUUAUAUAUAUAUGUAUUGUUUUUGCUGCCGACAGCAUUUUGUCGAA